AUGAAAUUCCUGUGCUUACUUUCUCCCACAAAAGCGCUGGCCGAGAAAUCCUGCAAGGAAUUCACAUCCUCCUCGUCCUCCUCCUCCAAAAUCGCGGCACUUUCCAAGCCUCGUUCGAUUCUCUUGGAGCGAGCCAAAGAGCUAAAGCAAUCCGAAAUCAAAUCCAUGAUGAAGUUAUCAGACACCUUGGCAAAACUGAACUAUGAUCGGUAUCAAAACUUUGAGGAUCAACCUAAAUAUCCAGCAGGAUGGCUGUUUGAUGGUCCGUCCUUUCAAAAGCUCAACCUUCACGACUUUUCAGACGACGAGCUGGAUCGAUUGGAUUCAUCCCUGUGUAUUUUAUCUGGUUUCUAUGGCUUACUUCGACCAAAGGACCCAAUGCAACCCUAUCGAUUGGAAAUGGGAACCAAGUUGGCGGUGGACGGCUCCAAGAAUCUAUACGAAUUCUGGAAACAGCAUGGAUUGACCAAACAAGUCGCUGAACUUGCUGCUGCUGCUGCUACUGACGGCAGUAACAACGAAAGACGAUGCAUACUAAAUUGUGCAUCCCAAGAAUAUUCCAAAGUCCUUGAUUUUAGACAGCUCCAAGAAGAAGAAUCAUUGCAAGUAGUCGACGUUGUUUUUCAGGCAGCCAAUGGAGGUCGAAUGGCCAGCGUGUACGCCAAGCAAGCGCGAGGAAUGUUUGUGCGAUAUAUCGCCAAGGCGAAUCCGACAAGUUUGGAGGCACUCCAAUGCUUUACUGGUGAUGGUCAUUAUGUGUUUGCCAGCCAAUCGGACGACAACAAUACGUUGGUCUUUGAGCGGCAUGCAAGUCCACAAAGUGAGGGAGACGACGCAUUGUGGAAUGGCGGGGGUGUUAUUGGUACCAAACCAACCAAAACAAAGGCAGCAACAAAGAAGACUACUGCAGCAAUUUUGAAUUCUAUGAGUGGUACCGGUACAGCAGCUUCCAAGAAGGAUGUCAAACCAAAUACAACAAAAUCAGCAACAACGAAGACGGCUCCUGCAGCAAAGAAGAAAGCUACUAGCGGCGCAGCAGCUUCCAAGAAGGAUUCCAAACCAACCACAGCAAAAUCAGCAACAAAGAAGAGAACCCCUGCGGCAAAGAAGAAAGCUACGAGUGGUGCAACAGCUGCCAAGAAGGAUACCAAACCAAAGAAAACUGCUAGUACAGCUACUGCUAGAAAAAGAAAAGGGACCGACCAACCACCACCACCACAAGAGGACAAACCGAAAGGAACCGACCAAAAACCAUUGCAACAAGAGGAACAAGAGCCCAGCAAACGGGCGAGAAGAAGACGUUUGGUUGAAAUAUCGACAAGCGUCGUCGAGGAAAUGGCAAAGAAGAACCCUUUUGAUUAUUAG